AUGAAGCACAGAUUUCAAAACAAAAGCAAGAAAUUAAGAGCCAUUCUCGCAGAUUAUCCUGGAUUUUAUUUACAACCCACAUUUUAUACUAAACGUCGCCGACACCGGAUGGGUAACACUAUAAGCUUUGGAGGUGAUCUUCAUAAAGGAACGAGGCCUUUGAGUCAUAUCAGGUGUAAUGCAGAAUGCGACGUAGGCCAACUUUUCUACUAUAAAAUGGCGGCUAACGUAUUAAUAUACUCAAAAUUCUUCAUAGAAGGCGCUAUUUGCGAUUGGUACCGUGGUAUGCACAAACGUUAUGGUGUCGAUCCUUCGGGUAUGUCCGGUGGAAUCACAGGAAGUAUGUUUGGUUUCACAACAUCAAGAGUUGCUCCGUCCUCUACCAUCGGACCUACAACGAAGGGAGAUACCACUGGAUCGACAAAGCACUGGGAUAAAGGAAAGGGUACCUACACCUAUGACCCUUCGCAUGGCAGUUCUUCUAGAGAUAGCAGUCAUAGUAGUGCUGCUUCUCAUAGCCGUUCUUCCAAACGUCGACAAUCGUCAAGAUCAUCGAAGUCGAGGGGCUCGGCUUUCGAUAGCAAUGUGGUUAACUUGUAG